CUUGACCUUAUUCAAAGCUUAAUAAUAAUGAGAUAGGCUUUCCAUUUUUCGUGCUAUUUCCUACCUUUUUCUUCUCCUUUACUUCCGUUUUACACAGCUACUAGCGCCAUCUGGCGUUUCCCCCCACCAGGCAGUGUUCGCGAUUGCGAACUUCUAGCGUCAUUGGCGUUUUGUUUUUCGUCGAGUGCGGACGGUCUCACUGAACUGCGUACUAAAUUCAGUCGACCGUUAUUUUCGUUCCUACCUACGAUGAUGGAUGAUUCGGAAACAGUGCAAAAUGUGGGGGAAAAUGAGGCGCGUGAUCAACCAGGUCCAUCUAGACCUAGGCCGAGGUCGGAGUCUUCGUCCAGCAGUUCCUCAAGUACGGACUCAUCAAGUUCGGAUUCCUCGAAGCGCAAGCGGAAACGUCGACAUCAUCGGCGCCAUAAACGGAGCAAGCGGGCUAAACGGUCCGAUGCCAGGUUAGAACAAUUAUUUAAAGAAGUGAGUGAUUUACGUUAUCAUUUGGAGAAUAGGAAUAAUAUUGAUUUGGACGAUUGUAUAUCACUAGAUCAUGAAUCUUUUGACCAAUAUUUUCCUCAGACUUCGCAGAAAUUUCAAGCGUCUAACUUAAGCGAUUUGCAACUGAUCGAAUAG